AUGCCGUACUGGGAAAACUACCUGUGCACCAAACCUGAAGUCGAUGACGACGACCUCCCUCUACCGGAGCAUCGCAUCUUUGAUGACUACGGGAACCUCAAGGCGCAAGCCAGUCGUCAAGUGAGGCCCCUCCAUGAGCGUAAGGCACAUGUCGCUGUUGCGGUAAAGAGUAACGCGUAUGUCCUACCAAGGUUCUUGCGUGCAUUGUUUUCAAACCCGAAUACUGUGUUUGUGAAAAAAAGCACCCCCAACGUGGAAUGCGCAUCCUUGGUGCCGAACCGCAAGAAAAUCUCGCCGAAGCACAGCGCGCCUCGGAAGGCGACAUCCAAAACCGGCUCACCGACUACUACCAGCACCAAGAAAAGCCCUGAGCGACACACAGGCACUCGUGCACGAACGUUAGCUGAUGCUGGAACCCCAAAUCAGCGGAAAUCGCCUACAAAGAGCCAAGGGUCUCCUGGUACUGGAACGAGGCCCUCGAAAGCUUCGACAUCGCAUGGCAGCCGUGGUGCGUCGCCGGUGCCGGUGGCGACCGCUACGGUGGUGCUCCGCUCCGCCUCUGCCUCCAGAAGCCGAUCUGCUUCGCCGAAUGCCACGAAAAAGACCCCUGCCCGCGCAUCGCGGAGCCGGAAAUCUCCAGUUUCGCGAAAGCGACCCUCCAGGACUCGCUCAGCGUCUCGCAGGUCGAGCUCGGGCUCGCCAAAGAAACGCAGCGUGCCGCAGGCCUCUGGUAGCCCGAGCUCAAAGUGGGCCGUAGUGGCGUUGCAGGAAUAUGCGAAGCAAAAUGAAAUCUCAACGAGAGGCCUGAGAACGAAGUCGGAUAUUCUCUCGGCCAUCCGAGCCGCACGUUCCUAG